AUGCAGCUGGAAGCGCAGCUGCGCCUCUGCCAUAGUUGUUUUUGGUGCUACAAGAGUGGACUGCGUCUCUUGUCCGGGAGCACAGCACAAAGAAGUGGUGUCAACUACUAUGACCUGCUGGGAGUCAAAUCUGACGCCUCGUUGGAUGAAAUCAAAAAUGCAUUUUUCGACAAAUCUAAAAAGCUACAUCCAGACAGCGACCCCUCCAACCCGACGCUGCACGACCAGUUUGUGAAGUUGAACGAGGCCUACCGUGUGCUGAGUAAGGAGGCCAGCAGGAACGAGUACGAUUUCAAAAUCAGACAUUCCUAUAGCAGAGGAGUUGAACAGACCUUCAGGUCGGCGUCCAGCCACAACAGCUAUGGAACCAGAAAUGCGACAGCACAUGACAACGUGCGUUACUGGGAGCAAUUCUAUCAGUCCCACGCCCAGCAGAUGUCGUCGGAGGAGAAGGAGCGGCGGCGUAAGAGAAGCUUCCGCCUAGUUGGCUACUGUUUCCUCACCAUGGCACUCAGCUUGGGGGCGCACUUUGUAUUCUUCAGGAAGCUAGAAGAAGUCCACAACAACUACAUGGACGAAAAGGAUCGCAUCAUCACGGAAAUCUACAACGAAGCCAAAGAGAGGGCCAGGGUUAACGGUUUCAAGAAGCAGACAGAAAUCCUCCGGCAGAAACAAGCAGAGUUUUUGGAGAAAUACAAAAUGCGUCACGGCGGAGAGAAGUAG